AUGCUCGUCCGGGUGAUCCCUCCGUAUGGCCAAGCGGACAUAAUGUUCAAUUGCACCAUGUCGGACCCGAUGCACGACGACGAUAAGCCCUGUCCAGGCUCGUGGCGCGUACAGCUCGACACCCUGGAGGCUUUGCAGGAGGAGGGCCUCGCUCUCGAGUAUCCUAGGGAUAUCCACGCUCUCGACAAGGCGGCGUGGCAGUCUGCGCUCAUGACCGAGAUCAUUUUCGACGUCAGGCAGCAGGUGCUCGCGUGUAUCUUUUUCGACGGAUAUACCGUCUCCUGGCCACUCCAGUCGACGGCUAACGUCUCAAGAUGCAUGGCCUCACUCGAGCUCGUCAUGUCUACGGCGCGUGGGAUCAACCCAGGCCCGGAGUCCGGCCGCAGGUCCUGGGGCCACGAUCUGCCAUCAGCACCAGUCUCCGAGGCUGCUCCUGCUCUGCAGUCCGAGACUUCGUCGAUAUCCACGUCCUCCCACCGCUCGAAGCACAAACGGCAAAGGUCGCUGCUCGGCUCCAUCGUGUCUGCCUUCAAGGGCAUCCUCCCGGACAACAUGGGGCGCAACUCGGGUCCUAUCCUUCCUUCGUCCCUGCCACCACUGAAGAUUCCCUCCGGGCAUGCUCGUUCGGCGUCAACGUUCUCUCGCACUCAGAUCUCGCCCCCGGGUUCUCCAACGGUUUGCGAGCCUCCCCCACCGCCGCCGUCGGGCUUCAGGUUGGUCGUCCGUCCUCGCGAGCCUAUCCCUCCUCCCCCGGCGUGCAAGCCACUGGAGCCGGACCAGAUUCUGCGUCGAUAUGCGCGGUCUGUCUUGUUGGACACGGUUCGCGAGCACGUGUAUCCCAUGUUCUCUACUACCGGGCCACCGUCCUUUGAGGACAACUCUCGUCCUAUGGAAUGGGCUGCGCAGGUGGCGGGGUAUCCGCCUGGCUUGUAUCCGGCAUGGGCUGCUCGGAGCAUGCUCCGCCAGACCGAGGACCGGUUACGGGAGAUGAUCAUGGAUGCGAACGCGCGGGGCGUCGGAGACGCCAUGGCGUGCGGUGCAGUGGGCUCCGCGCCUAUGACCAGCCAGUCAUCGCGGGAUUCGGACGACUCGGAUGAUACUAUCUCUGCGAGCACCAGCGCGAGCGCGACCAGUCUCACCACGGAGACCGACGGGUCCUCUGUACACACGCCCCUCGAUUCGCCGACGUGCUCGCCUUUCGUUCCUUCUACGCCGUCCUUCGCCAAGCUUCCUCUGGUCGAGCCGAAGAUGCUCCCUCAGGUUCCUCGCAGCCCCUCCCCUCCACCGUACGACUUCGACAUGUCGGCAUACCACGCGCUCACGAAUCUCCGCGCACGGCUGUUCUCCAUCCUGUCCCGUCUGGGUUCCACGCCCCGGCAGAUCCACAACCUGCAGCUGGGCAUCCGGAACGGCUCGGAUCUCACCGUUCUGGAGAUCAAGAGCCGGCGCCGCGCGUGGAGCUGUCGCGACUUCGUGGGCGGGGCGCGUCUCUCCCUUGUCGGAUUGUCCACCCCUGCUCGCAGCUCUCCGCUCGCGCGCUGCGAGCCCGUCACCGCGGAGAUGGUGGCUCAACUACAGGCGCAGGCUGCGCAGGAGACGGGGCGCACGCGCUUAGCGUGCCUGGCGGACGAGGGCGCUGAGUUCGGCAUCCCCGGCGCCUGUGCGGGCGUCAAGGUCAUGACGAAGGAGCUGGACUCGCGCCUGUUCUCGCUCGAGGAAGAGGACGAGGAGGACGAGGAGGAGCCACAUGCGGGGUACCAGUCUGGCUACGGCUUCCAGGAGUAUGUGGAGGACGAGGAGUGGCGCAGCGGCCCCGAGUAUGACCUGGAAAGCGGGCUGCUUGCGUUCCCUCGGCCUGAAGCUGUCGCCCCAUCUGGACCUAGUUCAUACGCAUUGCCACCGUCGCAUUCACAUCCGAUGGUCCGGACUCGUACGCGGAGCAUGCGAGUAGAGCGUCCUUCUGUGCCGUCUGCCGAGUCGGAGCCCCAUUCGCUUUCGUCCGCAGGAGGAGGGCUAUCGCCCAAUUCGCUACUAUGUCAACCGCUGAACGUCAAGGUUCCCGUACCUGUGAUCCUUGACAAUGGCUCCGAGUUGGCCGGCGGCCUUCGACAUGGCUCCGAGUUCACACUGUCCAUGGACCUGCCUUCACCGUUCUCUCCUGCGCCGCGAGGGUGGGUAGGUGACAAUGUGGCUGGGGCGCCGUGGCGAUGA